GAGUUCAGUAGCAAUAGUGAUGUAUCUUUCAUUUUAGUUCAAUACCAAAUUGUGUUAUUUUAAUGUUCUCUUUGUUUCCUACUACAUGACAAGACGAACGCUUAUGGCCAUGGCAAAGGGACGUCAAAGACGAACAAGUAACAGAUAAGCGAAUUUGGCCAUGGCAAGGUUCAAAUGAUGCGAAAAAAGAUGAGAGAGUUUGGCCAUGGCAAAGAGACGCAACUAAAAAAGAUGCAACGGAUGAGCGGUUUUGGCCAUGGCAAAGGGAUGACAAAAAAGAUGAUCGACUUUGGCCCUGGAGAAGUGACACAGAAAAAGAAACCGCGGGCGAGUAAGACGAAGACGACGAUUCCAGGGGUUCGACGUGAACAUGUUAAAGAGCAAUGUGACGUAGAACCACCGGGUGGAUUGUAGAGAUAAACUAGAAGCAACCUGAGAAAAAUAGAAACUAGAAACGAAGCAAAAACGUUUAAUAAAAGUCAAAGUGGCGUUAA